UCCGAAUCCAGUCACUAAAUCCCGAAUAAUAAAAAAUGGCCGAAGACUGGCGCCGAGCAUCGUCCGUUCACCCUCUUCGCCAGUCGAAGUCCGUCGAUCACGCUGUUCGGCCGUCGGCGCAGGGCGCCUCUGCUUGUUAGCCGCUAGGUCUCUGCUCGACUUCUCUGCGCCUAUGUAGUUCUGCUCUUCGCCUCUUCAUAUUUGAGGCGGUGAGCCAGUGACUUACUACCAGUGGCUGACGACAGGGGCCACCUAGUAUAGCUGAGCUGGAUGAGACUUGCAGUCUGGUUCCAUUAAGUCAAGUUCUUCAAUCAAGAUUUUGGCCUCUCAGUUGGUUUCUUUUCUCUGUGUAUGUGUUUCUUAUUCUGUUUCCGUUAGACAUCAUUUUGCAUCCGAUGCUUAGCUGCCAGUUGAAUCCCAAAGCUCUCCAGAGAAUACCCAGACGGUUGGUGAGAACCUUUUACUUGUUUCAGAAUGAACACCACGUGUUUGAUAGAAGUCACAGAACAUCUCUUCUGUCUACACACUGUUCCAUGCUCAAUUUUGUACACCAUGAUCAAUUUGAAGCUCUUAAGCUCUUCAAGAAACAGUUUCAAAUGGGAGUCUCAGAAAUAGACGAAGUUGUCAUUGCUUUAGCCCUCAAGGCAUGCCAAGGAGGCUUAAAGUUCGGCUCUCAAUUACAUAGUCUUGCCAUAAGAAGCGGAUUCUUUUCUUACUUAACUGUCCCCAAUUCAUUGAUGAAUAUGUAUUGCAAAUCUGGAGAGUUUAAUCACGCAUUGUUUAUUUUCAAUGACCUGGAGAACCCUGAUACUGUUUCCUAUAACACGAUGCUUUCAGGGUUCAAGAAUGGGAGAGACGCAUUGUGUUUCACAUAUCAAAUGCAUGCACUUGGGGUUUCUUUUGACUCAGUGAGUUACACCACAGCUCUCACCCAUUGUACAUAUCAAGAAAUGUUCAUGUUAGGCCUUCAAUUGCAUUCUUGUGUGUUGAAGUGUGGAUUAGAAUUUGAGGUCUUUAUUGGAAAUUCUCUUGUUACCAUGUAUUUGAAGUCAGGGGAAAUUGUGGAUGCCGAAAGAGUGUUUCAUGAAAUGCCAUGUAAGGAUUUGGUUUCAUGGAAUGCACUCCUUUCAGGGUAUGUGCAGGAAGGGAGUUACUCGGCCAAGGUAAUGCCCAUGUUUAUUGAAAUGGUUAAAGAAGGAAAGAAACUAGAUCACGUGUCACUAACUAGUGCAAUUUCAGCAUGUGGGCAGCAAAAAAAAUUGGAAUUAGGGAAACAGAUACAUGGUUUGGCUAUAAAGAAGGCGUAUGGAUCACAUGUCUCAGUUUGUAACGUUCUAAUGGCAAUAUAUUCCAAAUGUGGUGUUCCAAACGAUGCAAAGAUUGUUUUUCAAAGAAUGAAUGAACGUAAUGUUGUGUCUUGGACCACAAUACUUUCUGUGUGUGAAGAGGAUGCCAUGUCAGUGUUCAAUGAGAUGCAGAAAAACGGGGUCCGUCCUAAUGAUGUGACAUUUGUUGGGCUAGUCCACGCCCUAACGAUGAACAAUAUGAUAUUAGAAGGUUUCAUAGUUCAUGGAUUUUGCAUAAAGUCGAACUUUUUUUCCGAAUAUAAUGUUACCAAUUGCUUUGUGACCAUGUAUAGUAAGUUUGGGUUCAUAGAAGACUCAAAGAAGGUUUUUGAAGAGCUUGGCUGUAAGAAACAGAUCAUCUCUUGGAACUCUUUGAUAUCAGGGUAUGCUCAAAAUGGAAUGCAUCAAGAAGCUUUAAGAACAUUUUCAAUUGCCAUAAUGGAGUCACGCCCAAACGAGUACACAUUCGGGAGCGUUUUGAGUGCGAUCGCUUCAUCUGAAUCCAUUUCUUUGAAGCAGGGACAACGAUGUCAUUCCACCCUGAUAAAGCUUGGGCUUCACACCAAUCAAAUCACUUCGGGUGCUCUUCUUGACAUGUAUGCAAAGCGUGGGAGCAUCUUUGAGUCUGAAAGUGUUUUUCGUGAGACAUCAGAUAGAACCCACGUUUUAUGGACGACUAUGAUUUCAGCUCACUCGAGACACGGAAAUUAUGAAUCGGUGAUUGCUCUGUUUAAAGAGAUGAAGCUGAAAGGUGUGAAGCCAGAUGCAAUAACGUUUCUAUCCGUUUUAACUGCAUGCGGUCAUAAAGGACGGGUUGGUGAAGGUAUUGAGAUUUUUUCGUCAAUGACAAGAGAUUACUCAAUCCAACCAUCUGAAGAGCAUUACGCUUGUGUGGUUGAUAUGCUGGGCCGUCUAGGGAGACUAAAUGAGGCGGAAGAGCUGGUGUCCCAAAUUCCAGGUGGGCCCGGACUAUCUGUAUUGCAAAGCUUGCUGGGUUGUUGCAGGACUUAUGGGAAUGCAGAGAUGGCAAAGAGGGUGGGGGAAGUUCUGAUUACUAUGGAACCCAAGCAUUCGGGUUCUUAUGUGAUGAUUUCCAAUUUGUUAGCUGAGAAGGGACAAUGGGGCGUGGUUGCAAACGUUAGGAGAUGGAUGAGAGAUAGAGGGGUGAGGAAAGAGGUGGGGUUUAGUUGGGUUGAUGUGGGAGGCAUUAAUGAUUCUGUAGAUCUUCAUGGGUUUUCAGCUGAUGACAAGUCUCACCCGCUGUCUGAUGAGAUUUAUAGGAUGGUUGAGUGGGUAGGGUCAGAAAUGAAAUAUUUAGAGGGUGGCGAAGAUGAAAGACACAUCAUAUAUUUGUAACUGACAGAGAAGAAAGAAAUCUGAGAGGGUGUUAAUGCAUUUGGCUAAAGAGACAGAAACCUAAUCUUUGCAUGGUUGCAAAUGUUAGGAGAUGGAUAAGAGAUAGAGGGCUGGGGAAAGAGGUGGGGUUUGGUCGGGUUGAUGUGUGAGGCAUCAAUGAUUCCCUAGAUCUUCUUGGGUUUUCAGCGGAUGACAAGUCUGCCGCCACCAUCGCUGAACCCUAUCCGCUGCUGUCAUCAACUAAAUCGCCGAACCCUAGCUGCCGCCACCAUCGUCGCUGAACCGUUGCCGCCAUCGCCUAUUGAAAGGUUCACAGCCGCCGAUCGAUGAGAUUGUCCAGCAGCAACAUCAACUCCUCCAACGACAGCGGGGAUCCAUUGAAGUCGGCGAUGAGAUUUUGCGUCGAAGAGGAAUGAUGGAGAAGAUACAGCGGCGAUUGAAGUCGGAGAAGAAUGGAGGUGGUUGCAGAGCUGGAAGGGAACAAAUUGGCAUUGGAGAUCGUUGGCCAAUUGUUGUGCUGGAAGAUUGUGCUCGUCUCCAGAUCGAAGCGGAAGAUGUGGCUGCGACGAGAUAAGAUAUGAGGAAAGCUCUAUCACGAGACGUGGAGAAGAAGUCCAUCAAUCCCCUUAAAAGGCCGAUUACACCAGAUGAACUGCAGUAUGACAAAUUCGUCUUGUUCUUUGAAUGGCAGUUGCCCCAGGAAUCUUUGGGGAUGCGUAGGCUGUUCCAUGUAUUUAGCUUUGAUUAUGUAUGACUGAUUCAUAUAUGGGAAUAAUUCAUUAAUUCAUGUUUUGAAUGUGUGUUUCUUUCAUUUAGAACUUGACCUAAUAAUCAGUCACUGGUGCUGGUUCUGAUUCAAAACCAGUCAACUGAGUUGCCUGAUUUCGUUUUCUGUUAAAAAAAACCCGAUCACAGAACUGGAAGAACAUUGUCCAUGACUUACUUGGCAUUAUAUCAUACCUUGUGUUUAGAUUUUAUAUAUGACAGAACAUUUCACAUGGAAAUGGUAAGAAAUUAAA